ACUUAUUAUAUUCUGACAAUCUUGGGUGUUAAACAGGUCAAUGGCUUUCAAAGCCUGUAAUAAUGUAACCAGUCCGUACACACAGACUCCGUAAGACCCGAAGAAAGCGAGACUUUUAUUUUGAAAUGGAGCACAACACGACAGGAUGUCGGCGCACAUAUGCAAAUUGAAUGUAUUAAUUAAUUAAUACAUUUAUAUUUUCUUCUGUAAUGAUAUCGACUGAAAUCAAGCCGUUUUCUGGUUAAGUUAUUCAUAAGAUAAAAUACAGAAAAAAACAUCCGUUAUCUCGUUUCUCUUGAUAUAAGCGAAAAACGGAAUUUAUUCACAGCAGCGUGUUAAAAACGAAUAAACGAGCUGGAAACGGUGUUUUCAAAACUAGACACGGAAUUAGAUUUCAAGCCGGUUCCCCUUUUCUCCUUUUCCCAGCUUUUACUCUGGUGAGGAAAUCAAACUGUUAGAACGUACACGGCAGACACGGAGGCAAGUCCUGUUUCCCGUCAGCCAUUGCCGUCCACAAAAUAGGAAACAGGGGAGGUGUUAUUAGUACAGCCAUGGCAACGGUACUGACGUAUAAAGAAACCCUCUGGGUUUUAUUUGUAAAGUGAGUCAUGCGAACUGGAUUUCUGCGGUUAUUCACUGCUCCACCCGAGUAGCUUCUGAAAUCUAGGUCCGGGUUUUAUAUCGAACCCCCCUCAGACUGAAAUAGCUUGGCGUGUUGCAGAGUUACAUAACGAAAUAGCUAUUGCGUUACUACAGACACUAGAGCGUUUUAACAAGAAGGACACUGGAGUAGCAUAAAAUACUUUUGGACGAUAAAAUAAACUCUAUUUCAAACUCGAGGAAUUGAAGGAAAGAAGCCUACAACCGACAACUCUGUUUUGGCGUUUUGCUCGAAUCGAUUUUAGUUUUAGAGCACGGGAAAAUAAGUUUCCUCCCCAGCUGUUAACACCCUUUAUUUUGUCUCGUUAUACACCGUGAUUAGCUUUUGUCUUCGGUUACUGUCCCUAUUUAGAUGGCAAGCUUCCCAGACUGUGUAAAUGAAAAUGAUAUAGCUAAGGCAAAGUUGAUUGGGGAACUUCUGGUGCCUCUUGCUCCCUUUGACCAGAAAUCUGGGCAUGAAGCUUGGACAGUAGCUUUUGCACCCAAUGGUACCUACUUCGCAUGGUCUCAGGGUCAUCGUAUUGUUAGGCUUAUGCCUUGGACAAAAUGCCUAAAGAACUUUUCAAUGGGCCAAAGUGGAGAGGGUACCAAUGCCCUGAAUCCUCGCUGUUUAUCCCAACAAAACAGUGAAGACAGUCUGGUAAUCUCUGUGGUUGGUGAACCUCGUGAACAUACCAUUGACUGUGGUGACAUUGUCUGGGGCCUGGCCUUUGGUUCCUCUGUGCCAGAUAAGCAAAGCCGUUGCGUUAACAUUGAAUGGCACCGCUUUAAUUUUGGCCAGGACCAACUGCUUCUGGCAACAGGCCUCAACAAUGGUCGCAUCAAGAUCUGGGAUGUUUAUACUGGAAAACUGUUGCUGAAUCUGAUGGACCAUACUGAUGUAGUACGUGACUUGACAUUUGCUCCUGAUGGUAGCCUUAUGCUGGUAUCAGCUUCCAGAGACAAAACUCUUCGGGUGUGGGACCUUAAAGAUGAUGGUAACAUGGUGAAGGUUUUGCGGGGUCAUCAGAACUGGGUUUACUGUAGUGCCUUCUCCCCUGACUCUUCCAUCUUGUGUUCUGUCGGAGCUGGCAAAGCAGUGUUUCUAUGGAACAUGGAUCACUACACACUAAUUCAGAAGCUGGAGGGGCACCACAAUGAUGUGGUAUCUUGUGAGUUUUCACCAGAUGGGGCACUGUUGGCCACUGCCUCUUAUGACACCCGAGUCAUUGUAUGGGACCACCACAAGUCCACUCCUCUGCUGGAACUGGGUCAUCUCUUUCCUCCUCCAUCACCUAUUUUUGCGGGAGGAGCAAAUGACCGCUGGGUUCGUGCUGUGAGCUUUUGUCCCGAUGGCCGCCACAUUGCCAGCCUUACUGAUGAUAGAUGGGUUCGUUUUUGGAACAUUGAGGAAAGGGCUCCUCAGGCUAUUGCUUCUCUGUCUAAUGGCGUCUGCUGUGCCUUCUCUGCCGAAGGAAGUGUCCUUGCUGCUGGGACCCGUGAUGGUAGCGUGCACUUCUGGGAGUUUCCUCGUAUUGUUGCCAGUCUGCAGCACAUUUGCAGAAUGGCUCUUCGAAGGAUAAUGACCACACAGCAGGUCGAGGCUCUGGCUAUUCCCACCCCACUUUCUGAUUACCUGACAUACAAAGUCAUCUAACUGCAACUGUUUCAGCAUCAAUUUGCUGAAAAACUAAUAAAUCACUUGGGCGCUGCACGGUGGCAGUCCACUGCUGCUGCUGGGUAAAAAUGCAGAGAUUCAUCAUCAUCAUCAUGAUUAUUAGUAUUAUUAAUAUUGUUAUGAAAACAUUUUUUAAACAAUGUUGUGCCUAGGACUUUUUUGAACACACUGAUUAGGACUAAAAUGCUACAUCUCUACAUGUAGCAUCUCAAACCUUUACCAAAUUUACUUGGAUGUUGUCUUGUUUUGUAUAUAUUUAUUUGUGUGAAUAAUUCAGUAACCAUACAUAUAGUGCCAAGAUAAUUAUACUUCUCCCAUCAUAUCAGUGUGCUAUCAAAAUAUGUUCAGCUUCUCUUUUGCUGAUUCUACCUGUCAAGCAAGCAAAGUUAACCUCUAUAUUUUCUAUUGCCUUGGAAUAGCAUAUUGUACUUAUGUGAGAGUACUUCUACCUGCUCCUUACUUCUGUCGAAUUUCUGAAAGAUUAUUCUGAAAUUUAAACCCUUAUGGCACUGGAAAUUCUUUAUUCUUUUUCUUAUUUUUUAUAAUUCAGUUAGAAAGUAAAUAUUAAACUCUUGUAGCUACAGUACUUCAUAUACUUACCUAGUUCAAUUAAUAAACCAAACUACAUAAAACUUCAUGAGGAAUAGAUAUGCAAAUUACAAAGUAGGCCUGCUGUGUAUGCAACAUCUUUUACAGAACAAUCUUGCUCUACAUUACAUAUACAAAGUGUGGUUUUCUGAGUAACAAUGUUGCUUAGGUGCAUUACCCGUACAUAGAGUCAGCAAUAUAUUUUUAUUUUUAGCAUUGUCUAAACCAUGGCAUCUGUGAAAUCAAACUAUAGAAUGGAGACAUCAUUUUAAUGUACAUAUACACUGAGACUGUAUUCAUUUUGCUGUUCUCUGCUGUCUAAAUGUCUGCAGUGGGGUUAGUUUAUCAGGACGGGAUAUUCAUUUGACAAUUUUUAAAUUUGGAUGUUGUACUCUUAAUUUUUGACCGUUACCAAGGUUUUAAGACCUCUGUUUUGCUUUGAUCUCAUGCACAAGCAUGUGGUAAAGUGAUUCAGAGCCUUUUUAAGCAAACCCUUUUGACAGUGGCUGUCAAUCUCCUAGAUAAAAAUAGGAGUUCUACAGAACAACAAUUUCUUUUGUAAAUUGUCCAUUAUCAGUCCAACCCAGACACGAUGACCAGUAUAGUCACACACAAAUAUACCCAAAUAUGUCUCAGUGGUUCUACAGUCAAUAGUUAAAAUUAGGUGGCCCUACCUUCCAACUGAGUCUAAAUUGCAAUAGUAUACAUACUAUAAUGCUUUGUAUGUAAGUGUGCUGUCCCAGGGCAAAAGAAAGCCUGUUUGAUUUCCUACCAAAGCAGUUAGUUAACUAUAACCAUAACCUUAUAUACAGUGUUUCAUGAUAUAUGUAUAAAUUAUAUUGUCUGUAAAAUAUCAGUUUUGUUUUUCCAAUUUAUCUUCUCAAUUAUGAUCAUUUUUUCUGUAUUUUUGUGUUUGAUUUGUAUUAUCCUUUUAAUGUGAAAAUUUCUAAUAACUGACUGCUGUCAAAACCGGUCGUUAUUAACUGUGCAUGUGUGACCUGUCACAUACUUUUGCUUUAUGUACAUUUAGUUAUGUAUGAAUAUAAGUCCUAGCUAAUUAUCAUUCAUCAAUCUCUGCCCUAGACUUAAAUGAACUCAAACUAUUAUUUGUAACUCCUGGAUCCUGGAUUUGUUAUUGUAUAUUAGUCAGGAUAGUAAGAAGUAAGAGUAAGGUCAGAAGCUGGCGAGGAGGGUGUUAGUUUGUGCUAAUGCCAAAGGUUCUCCAUUUACCUAGUGUAUGUAAGUCUGUAAGGGUUAUUCAAAUAACUUUUUCAAGAGAAAUAGUGGGUGUAUGUGUACAGAACGUGUAUUUAUAUGUAUGUAUUUAUACGUUAAACCACUGAGAUUAAGAAAAUCCCAGCCUUGGCCCACUGAGAUGCAGUACGCUGCAGUGAAAUUGUCAAAUGUAUACGAAUGUUGUUUUUCUGCAAUUUUUCUGAAAAUGCACGCUUUUGCAGUGUGUGUCAAUUUUUUAAUAAAUAUUUUUACAAGGUAA